CUGCCCUGCGUGUCCGCCGCCGCCACCGCCGGGAUGUUCCAGCCCACCCCGAAGCGCUGCUUCACCAUCGAGUCGCUGGUGGCCAAGGACAGCCCCGCUGCCGCCUUGCCGGCCUCCCGGGGCCCCGCCGAGGAGCCCCUCCGCCCGGCCGCCCUCAGCUACGCCAACGCCGGGCCCGUCAACCCCUUCCUCAACGGCUUCCACGCCGCCGCCGCUGCUGCCGCCGCCGCCCGAGGCGUCUACGCCGCCAACCCGGACCUGGUCAGCUUCGCCGAGGCCAACGCGCCCGUCCACCCGCCGCCGCCGCCGCCCCACCCGCCUCCCCACGCCCUGGGCGCCCACCCGCUCCCCGCCGCCCACGCCCCGCACCCGCUCUUCGCAGCCUCGCAGCAGCGAGACCCCGCCGCCUUCUACCCUUGGCUCAUCCACCGCUACCGCUACCUGGGACACCGCUUCCAAGGCAACGAAACGAGCCCGGAAAGCUUCCUUUUGCACAAUGCCCUCGCCAGGAAACCCAAACGGAUCCGCACCGCCUUCUCUCCGUCGCAGUUGCUGAGGUUGGAGCACGCCUUUGAGAAGAACCACUACGUGGUCGGGGCGGAGAGGAAGCAGCUGGCGCACAGCCUCAGCCUCACGGAAACUCAGGUAAAAGUUUGGUUCCAGAACCGACGGACGAAGUUCAAGCGGCAGAAGUUGGAAGAAGAAGGCUCGGACUCGCAGCAGAAGAAAAAAGGGACUCAUCACAUUAACCGGUGGAGAAUCGCCACCAAGCAAGCCAGCCCGGAGGAGAUCGAUGUCACCUCAGACGAUUAAGUCACCCCUCUUUUCUUCCUCACUUUCCCCCCACUUUGGUUUGUUUUUGGUAAAAAGAAAGGAGAGAGAAAAAGAAACUCCAAAAAAAGCUGGCACUUGAGAAACAAAACAAGAGCAAGAGCAAAGGAAGCAGACUCUUCUUCUACGAACACAGACUCCGGUGUCGGCGCCUUUAAGGGAGGGGAGGGGGUCUCUUUCGAAAAAGGGGGCGACAGAGCGGAAGGAGGAAGGGAGGGGGAGCUGUCAAUCAAAGCCCAAACGCGGAACUAUCCCGCUUUCCCUCUUAGCCUUCGUCCACACGCAAGCACCUACUUUGCACUUGGCCAGGGAGAUUGGAUCUCUUGUUCCUCAACUCAACCCCACACUCAGCCAAAAUAUCGACCUACCUGUUCGAGAAACUUGAACGUGCAUGCUUUAAACACACACACACACACACACACACACAAAUUCAAGACCUUGCAGAAGGCUUUCCGACAGAAAUUUAUUCCCCUCCCCUUCCAAUUUGCUAAAGACAGGCAGAUAUGAACUGUAAGCCCCCUUCUCCCACCCUCUUUCUCCUUUGAGACAGGUUCUGUGUGCUUUUUUAAAUGAUUUUACGAGAAACUGUGCCGUCUGUAAACCUUUUUUUUUUAAAUGAUAACUUCUGGCGUCAACGUGGUUGUGAAAACUCAAAUGAAGUAGCGGUAACCAAUUCUAAUUAUUUUUUAAUUAUUAUUAUUUUUUAAAUUUUUUGCUCCUCCCAAUGGAUAAAAUCUUUGAAGAAGAAGAAGAA